AUGGCAAAUAACCUCUCAGCAGAGCUCACACAGCAUCUUAAUAGCCGACACUUCUAUCCCGCCGCUGCAUGGCUACAGAGCUUCGUCUCCGGCACGCGCCCGAACACGGCCCUGCCUGCGCUCAAACAGACAGCUCUCUUCCGCCUCCUCGCAACCGAUAUUACCGCGUCGCUGCAGGCUCCAACGCAUACCAUGUUUCCUCAAGAUGCCCUCAGCCCAGGGACGCAGACGCGCACCAUUGCUGGUCCCAUUAUCUGCCAGGUUCUCGACAUCGAAGAAAUUGGUCUCUCACGCUGGGCACAGGUCGAGCAGAUCGAAGCCAAAGAGCGCGGCGAGACGACCAAAGGCCGCGAAAUCGUGCGAGUCGUCGAGGAUGAGAAUGAAGGUGGAACAGUCGCGCCUGCUGUGCACAGCAAAGGCCCUUUCAAGCUACUUUUGCAAGACGCAAAGGGUGCCCAAAUCUAUGCCGUUGAUCUGCGCGGCAUUGAAGGUAUUAACACUAGCAUGGCCAUGGGCACGAAGCUUUUGUUACGGAACACAGACAUCAGGAGGGCUGUAGCGAUGCUGGAGCCUGGCAAUGUGCAAGUCCUCGGCGGCAAGAUAGACGCGCUUGACAAGGUAUGGAGAGACGGGAGGAAAGAGCGGUUAAUGAACGCUGUUAAGAUCGCCGGUGAGGGUGUGAACACAUGA